UCCGGUGGUGCAAAGGGUGUCGGGAGCGGCUGCUCGCAAACCUUCUUCCCUGGCCUGCGGAGAGGCCGAUGUUGCAGCCGCUCCGGCUUCCACGAUCUGCGUUCGGGCUAAACGGCCACGGCGGCCGCCACUGAGGUCCCCUCUGUGACUGACUCUGUCCGUAUUCUUGCCCAGGCGGCCGCCGCGGUUGCAGCAGCGGCGGCGGCCGACAUGUUGUGAGGCAGCUGCUCCGGUGUCUGAAGGAUGGUUUGGCAGAGGCGGCAGCAACGGCUGCUGGCGGUGGCGGGGGCUCAGGCUCUGUAGAGCCGAGCCCGCUGGGUGUCCGCCGGUAUUGCGGCGCGGCCAGUGCCCCUGGAUUUUGCCUCUGCUCCGGCGCCGUUGGCGGCCGGUUGGUUAGGCGACAGCGCCCGCCCCUCUGAGGAGACACGAAGGUGGUUCCCCGGCCGCUCAAAUUUCCGGACCACGCCGACCUUUCCCUUCCUUAGCUCGGGCUCUGCUGUCCCCAGAAUCCUCAGCCCCCCGACUUUCCUCCGAGCCUCGCCCUUAAUCUCUCACACACUCUAGUGUUCCCUACCCUCUAGGGCCAGCUCCUCCCCUGCCUUUCCUCAUUUUCUGCACCCUUUUCUCCGAGCGCCCCCCGGGGUUACUCUCCGAGGGCGGCCUUUUGAGAAAUUCCGUGAAGUAGUGGACCAGAGCCGGGGAGUUGUUUUUGUUUUUUUUUUUUCUUUUUUAAGUCGGGGCACGAGAAAUAGUAAGGUACGAUGGCUUCUUCGUCUGGCAACGAUGAUGAUCUCACUAUACCCCGAGCUGCUAUUAAUAAGAUGAUCAAAGAGACUCUUCCCAACGUCCGGGUGGCCAACGAUGCCCGGGAGCUGGUGGUGAACUGCUGCACUGAAUUCAUUCACCUUAUAUCCUCUGAAGCCAAUGAGAUUUGCAACAAAUCGGAAAAGAAGACCAUCUCACCAGAGCAUGUCAUACAAGCACUAGAAAGUUUGGGCUUUGGCUCCUAUAUCAGUGAAGUGAAAGAAGUCUUACAAGAAUGCAAGACAGUAGCAUUAAAAAGAAGAAAGGCCAAUUCUCGUUUGGAAAACCUUGGCAUUCCUGAAGAAGAGUUAUUGAGACAGCAACAGGAAUUAUUUGCAAAAGCUAGACAGCAGCAAGCAGAAUUGGCUCAGCAAGAAUGGCUUCAAAUGCAGCAAGCUGCCCAACAAGCCCAGCUUGCUGCUGCCUCAGCCAGUGCAUCCAAUCAGGCAGGAUCUUCUCAGGAUGAAGAAGAUGAUGAUGAUAUCUGAAAUUCACCAGCUGAGUUUCUAUUUUCUCUAUAAAUGUUUUUCCCUGCACAACAAAACAGUGAAAGAAAUGCUUAUGUGUAAUUUUGUAUGCAUCUUGGUGGACUUGCUAUUGGUAUUCUAGGGAUGUCUGCUGUUAAAUUUCAUCUAUUGUGUGCUAUACAUCUAAAAACUCUCUCUUUGAACUAUUGAAAAUUUAAGGUUCAGUAUAAUAUCAAUUUUGAAUUUUUAAUGGUGUUUAUGAAAUUUUAGCAGUGAGUCCUUUAUUUGAUCAAUAAACAGUGUUACAGAAAACUUCAAGUUUAUAAAAAUACAGUGAAAUUUAUAUAGAAGCUCUAAAUCUGUAUUUGCAUUUAUUCUGCCCUUUUAACUAAACUAAAAAUUGGGAAUUUUAAAUUAUUUUGGUGGGUGGGUGUGUGAUGUGGUAGACAUUGGAUCAGGUUAGUGAAAAAACAAAAAGUUCAGUUCUAUAGUAUCUGAAUUUUUUGUCUUUUAAAAUGAGUAUAUAUAUAUAUAUAUAUAUAUAUAUAUAUAUAGGCAACAAAUAUACAUGCUCAGAUAAAUGUUUAAAAAACUCAAAAAAACUCACAAACUAGGAAGGCAUACUUGUAUAAAUUUGGUGGGUUUUGGUUUUGAUUCUUUUUUUGUAGUGAUAAACUACAGUUUUAUUAUGGCAUAAUUCAUCUUGAGCUACACUAUUACAUUUUAAAGACUGCCCAAUUUUGAGAAUUGUUAAGAUUCUUACUAUUUCACUUCAGUAAUUGUUGUUAGUAUUACUUGCUUAGCCCUUUCAUGUUCAUAUUAUUCAGAUACCUAGAUGGAACUUGUGGUAACCAUUGCUUGGUCUCCGUUGGUUUAACUGAGGUUCAUGAGUAUCCAAACCUUUGCUGGGGGAAAGAAAUGAAAAUUAAUGAGUAUGAUUCCUGUAAAAGAGGGAUUUUUUUUUUUUUUUAACUUGUAGUUAUAGGUUACAUAUUGUUUGUUUUUAGCAUUACUUUUAAAUUUUCUCACUUAGAUGACCUGGAGAGUCCAGUGUUACCUUUUGAAAUGGCAGCAUUGUCUCCUCAUCAUAAUUGAAUGAUAGCUAAACAAAUUAUUGGUUAAGUUUUGUUUAAGAAAGCAUGUCAUAACUGAUCAGCCCUAUAUGAAACAUAGUUAAUUUUAACCUACUAAAGGGGAGAAGCUUUAAUUUGGUUCUAGUAAGUAAAGCAUGGUAUUGAUUGUUGUAGGAAUUCAGUGUGUUGAAGAAAUGGCAUAUUGCUCAUAUUUUGGGAGCAGAAAGGAAAAGCCACUUAUGAUAGUAUGAAAUAAUCUAAAUUCCUAUGUCAGUUGCCAAAUCCUUUCAAUUUCACUAAGCCAAAAUAUAGAUAAAGGCUGUCAGGAUUCCAAUUUUAAUUGGAGAACUAAAUAAGUAAAGUUUACAAGUAUUAGAUUUCUUAAUGAUCAUAUUUUGCAGUUUUAGAAAAAGUUAAAUAGUGUCAUACAUAUAUUAAAUAUACUUCCCCCUUACAACAAAAAGUUUAUUUUUACUAGGUGUUUAAGUUGUAGUUAUUUCAUGGAUACUGUACCCAUCCACGCAUUGGACAAGAUAGAAGGAAUUGUUUUUUAAAAGGUUUAAGUCCCAAAGGUAGUCUAGUCUAGGGAAAUAGUAAGUCAAUAAGUGUUGGCUUUUCUAAUUUGUACUGUAACAUUCUUACACUUUCUAUUUUAAGUAUACAACUUAGAUAUUUUUCCACACAUUUCUUUUUUUUUCUGAUGCAGAGUUCAGGUUAAUUAAUAUUUUACUGCAUCUGAUAAUGUAUUAAUAUGUUCAAAGCCUAGUGACUUUUCAUUUUGACAUUCUUGUGAUUUCUUAUGCUGUAUUCUCCAAGCAAUAAAAUUCUGAUGUGUUUUAUAAAUUGUUUUUAUAUUUAAUGAUCUUUACAGAUUAAUGGCAGGAGAUUCCUAUUAUUACCAUUUUGACUAGUUUAAAGAAUUUAGGCCCAAAAGACAUUUGGUCAUUUGGUAUAUAGUACCUGCCUUUCUCCCUUGCUUAUUAUUAUUUCAGAAAAUGUGUUUUUCCACGUAUUUUUGUAAUUUACAGACCUGGUACCCAAUUAUAACAGAACUAAUUAAGCAGUGUUUUAGUUUUAGCUUAUUUUCUAGCAUUAAAAAGUCACUAUUUUGUCAGAUGUUGACAUUUUCAGAAUCUUUUGAAGAGAGAAAUCUCCAGGGUUCUUAAAAAAAAUAAAGUCGUAGUCUAGUAUUUUCCCCAUCCCUUGAAUAUACGUCUCUCUUUUUCAGCAGAUUAUCAGAUUGAUAAGGGUUGAGAAGGCAGCAAUUUUUAUAACUGCAUAUACCAUACAUACAAAAGAGUGCACAAGAGUUUUGCAAACUAAACAUGUUGAUAUCAUCAGCCCUCAGCUCAAGAAACAGGAUUAUGAGUACCCCAGAAUCCCCGCUCUUGCCUCUGUUUAAUCACUGUCUUCUUCUUCCUCCCCAGAAAUAACUACUGUACUGACUUCUAAAACCAUAGAUUAGUUUUAUUUUAUGUAAACAUUAUGUCUGUGGGUGUAGUAGUGUUCUGUUGCCACAGUAAUAAAUUACCACAAACUUAAUAACUUAAAACAAAUGUAUUCUCUUACUGUUCUGAAAUUCAGAAGUCCAAUACCAGUUUCACUGGACCAAAGUCAAGUUUGUUGGAAGGGUUGAUUCCUUCUAGAAGUUCUGAGGGGAGAAUCUGUUUCUUUGCCUUUUUUAGUUUCUGGUGGUGCCUGUAUUCCUUGGCUUGUGGCCCCUUCUUCAGUGCUCAAAGCCUGCUUCCAUCAUCACAUCACCUUCUCCUCUUCUGUAGUCACAUCUCCCUCUGUCUCUACAUUUAGGGCCCACCUGGAUAAUCCAGGACAAUCUACCUAUCUCAAGAUCCUGAAUUUAAUCACAUCCAUAAAGCCUCUUUUGCAAUAGAAGGCAACAGUCAUAAGUUCUAGGAAUUAGGACCUGGAUUUCUUUGGGGGGCCAUUGUUUAGCCUACCACAGUGAGCUUCAUCCAUAUUGUUGCAUGCAUUUGUAGUUUAUUCUCACUGCUGUGUAAUUUUACAUCUAUCCAAUUUAUUUAUCCAUUCUAGUGUCAUUGGGCAUUUGAGGAGUUUCCAGUUCUGGGCUAUUGUGAAUUGUGCUGUGGAGAGCAUUCAAAUACAUGUCUUUUGAUGAGUGUAUGUAUGCAUUUCUUUUGUAUAUAUACCUAGGAGUGGAGUUGCUGGGUCAUGAGGUAUGCAUAUAUUUUGUUUUAGUAUGUACUGCCAAACAGUUUUCCAAAGUGUCGUUAAGAAGGUACCAAUGUGUACCAUAAUAAUGAAUUAACCUAAUGGUUUAGUGACAUGAGAAUGUUAAUGAAUUUUUCCAAAUACCUGAAAUAUAUAUAAUGAGUUAUACUUGCUACAGCAGGUCUGUUAUUUAAUGUCCUACAAGAGGAAACUAAAAGCAAACAAGGUAUUUGUUCUUGUUACUGACAUGGUAACAUCAUGACCUUAUCAGAUUGUUGCUCCUCAGAAGAAUUGCAGGGUUUAGGUAAUCAUAAAUGGUAUGUUGUGUGGAAAUUAGUUUUGAAAAAAUUCAUGAUUUAGUAUUUUAAUUAAAUUUGUUAUUUUGUAAUAACCUUAUUUAAAUACACAUACAUUUCCUCAUAUAGGUGAUCCCUAAAUUAUAUUAUUCAUAUCCAAACUUAUAUAUCCAAACAGCAAUCAAGAAUCAUUCAAUCUAGAUAGCAUAGAUACUGUCUUCCCUUGCUUCACUUGGAUUUUUUUCCUUUGUUCUCCUCGGUCCCCAGCAGUUUAGCCACAAGUCCUACCCCAUCCCUCUUUUUUCACCUUGCUCCAAGGAUAGAAUAUCAUGGGUUGGAUUGGCCAGGAUGAAGAGAACAAACAUGAAUAGCCUCCUUUCACCUACUCUAUUUGCCAUCAGAGUGUCCCCAACCCUUAACCCAUUUCUUCAAAAUAAAAGACAUGAGACCCACCCUUACCAUUUAUGCUUAAACAUGCCUUUUCCUAUAAAACAUGUAUAUGAAAGAAAAAAAGUAGGGAAGCAAAGGAGAUAGCCAUUUAACUUAUGAUCAAUUUCUACCUCUUUAACAGAAAUCAAGCCCCUUGUUAAAAUCUUAGAGCAGGGCUUCUCGCCCUCAGCAAUAUUGGCAUUUGGGGCCAAUAAUUCUUUGUUGUGGGGGCUAUCCUGUAUGUACAUCAUAGGAUAUUUAGCAAUAUUGGUGGCCUCUACCCACUAGAUACCAGUAGCACCUCUCUACUCUCUCCAGUUGUGACAACCCCCAAAUGUCUUUAGACAUUGCCAGAUGUACCCUGGAGAGCAAAAUUGGUCUCUUUUGAGAACCAUUGCCUUAGAGCAUCUAGGCUUUUACUUUUAGGAUAGAGUCCUGGGGGGAGGCUAUGAAACUGAACCUCUGGUAUCAAUGAAUAAAGACAAAAACAAACAAACAAACAAACAAGAACUGUUUUGGAGGGAAUAGACCCAGGAUUAAAAUCCAGGGAAAUCAGUCUUUCAGAAAGCUGUUAACUCUUCAUUUACUUAUCCCUUCACCCUUGAGAGCCCCAGGCCACUUCUUUAUAAAUCCUUGUAUCUGCUCCCUGCUUUUCACCCAGAGGUCUUAGCUACGCCCAGUUUGAAACAGAUCAGGUAUACUAUCUUUAUUAUGUACUUCUUUCAACAAAUAUGUUAUUUUUGAGUGCACAGAGCUAUAUAUUAAGAAGUGAAACAAGGAAAUCAGUGUAGUGGGAAUGGCAAAUAGACAAUUUAUAAUAUUUGAUAAAUGUAAUAUGAACAAAGGGAUCCAACUCUUUUUACUAGAUCUUUAAAUAUGCUAUUUCAUUUACUUAUCACCUCUGUGAGGUAGAUAUUAUUAGUUCCAGAGUGGCAGACUGGUAACACCAGGUAUACCAUUAAAAAUAACAGGUAUAAAAUAUGCAAUGUUUUAUUUUAUUUAUGAAGUUCCAUAUCUUAUGCAUAAUGUAGUGAAUAUGGAGAAUAAUAAAGUCCAUAGGUGCUUUCUUUCAAUUUCAUAUUAUGUAUAUUUCUUACCUUUGUAUAUGUUAUAUGAAUAGCACUUGUAUGUCUGUCACCGAUAUGAAAGUAGUGGAGGUAGAGGAGGAAGAAUAACCAGAUCAAAUUUUUAGUAUAAAUAGGAGGUUUUUUUUGGAGCUUGGGGGUGGGGGAAGAGAACAGUGACAGAAAAAAUAUAUCUAGCAAAAGAAGAGAAAACUGUUGUUAAGGCAGAUAAGGAUCUCUCUGCCUGGGGAAAAAUACAGCAGGUUCAAAAUUGUCUGUUUAUGUAAGUAUCUACUAAUAAGUUUGUUUUCUUUAUUGUGCCUAUAAAAGAUGCCAUUAACUUCCUAUUUGUGCCAUUAAUAAACUUCUAGAAUCUGUGUGGUAGAAUUUAGUAGUAUGGUUUGGAUAUGAAGAGACAACAAUGGUAUAGAUUUGAAAACAUUUAUUUGGUGUAUUUCACAGGAUAGGGAAUGUUUUAUAAGCUUAAUGGUGUUAGGUUUAUAUAUGCAGUUUUAUCAUAUAUAUAAUAGUAGCCCCUACAGAAUUUGCACUGUCUUUAUUAUAAACAUUUUAUAGAUGAGGAAGUUAGGGUUCAAAGAAAUUAAGAAUUGCAAUGAUAUCUAGGAAGUGGAGGCAACAAGAGUCUGAACCCCAAUCUAAGUAGUUCUGACUGUGUUUCUUUCACUAGAUCAUUCUACUCUCCCCUUUCCCCACACUACUCUGGGAACACUGGGAUGAGUCUUUAUACCUUUAUUUAAAGGUCAUUUGAGAAAUGGUAAGCCUGCUUGAGGAUAACAAAAUUGUGUGCUAUUCCAAGCUAAUUGUAUAGCUCACUCUAAGUAAUCAUAGGUAAUGCCUGGUAAUAUUUUUAGCUUCCUUUCUCUGCAAACUGUUAUCCAAAUGAUUCUCUUAGUGAAUCAGUGUAUUAUGCAGAAUGUGAAAUAUUGUUAGAGAAGCUAUUUCAUAAAGUUGAUGUAUUAUAUAAAUUUUAUAUGGGAUUUUUCUUUUGGUUUUUAGAAUUUCAUCUUACCCAAAUGUUACAGAAUUUUGUAAUCUUUUGGAAUAAGCUCUUCCUUAAAAACCAAGGUCAAAUUAUAUUAAUAGCAAGGAUCUUGUCUCAUCAUUUCCCAAUAAGAAGCUUACCAUUAUACAAAUAGGAAACAAGAACUGGUAACUAUAGCCCAUUAUUAGGAUUUUGAAAUUAAGGACCAUUUCUUAAUGGUACUGAUAAGUCAGCAGCUAUUAAUAGAUGAAGAAAACCCUUAGAAAAAGUACUGAUUUCACUUUCCUGCAAGAAUUAUUUUACAGUAUAUAUCUGUUGUGCUGCCUUAGAGGUUGGGCAAUUACAAUCCUUACUUCACAGCCUUAUCAGUUCUCAUCUGAAUCUUUGUAAUUGCCACCUACCUAGCUUUACUGCCAGACCCUCCUUGUUCCAGUCCAUCCUUCACAUUGGUACGUGUUAUUUUUCUAAAAUACAAAUGUGAAUACCAGACUCCUGUUCCUUGUUAUCAUAGUAUAAAGUCCAAACUCCUAAGCAUUACAUAAAGUAUCUUUCACAAUGGGAUUCAACUUGAUUUUCUGCACUCUCCCAAUUGCGCUGAAAUUUGAGCUGAAUAAUGUCUGCUUUACUACUAUUACACAUACUUCUUCCCCACUCUAGAAUGCUCUUUUCCCUCCUUCACCUGACAUAUUUCUAGUUGUAUAGCAAGAUCCAGCUUAAAUUUCAGCUCCUAUUUUCCCUGAUGUCCUCACGGUAGUCAUCCCUUUCUCUAAUUAUCUGGGCCUGUGGUACAUAUUUCUAUAUUUUAAUCUAUCAUGCCAUAUUAUAAUUUAUUUGUUUUCAAAUCUGUUUCUUUUAUAGUUGGAGUUCCUAGAGGACAGUAACCAUAUCAUUAUCUCAGUAUCCCUAGCAACUGACGUAAUAAAGGUUUUUACAGUUGAA